CAGCAAAUUAUGCCAUUACUGCUAAAAGAUGAGCAAGCAUGGAGUUGGAAGGUCUGCGCCUCAGCAGCUUAAAUUUGCAGCGCUUUUGCUUGUGCUACUCUCAUCUUUCUGUAAUGUUUGCUUCUCCGAGAUCAUCUUUGAGGAGCGAUUUGAAGAUGGGUGGCAGAGCCGGUGGGUGAAGUCUGAUUGGAAAAAAAGUGAAGGGAAGGCGGGUUCAUUUAAGCACACAGCUGGGUCAUGGUCUGGUGAUCCAGAUGAUAAAGGUAUUCAGACAUCAACUGAUGCCAGACAUUUUGCCAUCUCUGCUAAGAUUCCAGAAUUCAGCAACAAAAAUAGAACAUUGGUAUUACAGUACUCGAUUAAAAUUGAACAGGAUAUUGAGUGUGGUGGUGGUUAUAUCAAGCUUAUGUCUGGAUAUGUCAACCAAAAGAAAUUUGGUGGCGACACUCCAUAUAGUGUGAUGUUUGGACCAGAUUUAUGUGGCACACAGACAAAGAAGCUUCAUGUUAUCCUUUCCUACCAGGGGCAAAAUUAUCCUAUCAAGAAGGACUUGCAGUGUGAAACAGACAAGUUAACCCAUUUCUACACGUUCAUCCUUAGGCCUGAUGCAAGUUAUAGUAUUCUAAUAGAUGGCAGGGAAAGAGAUUCUGGAAGUAUGUAUACAGACUGGGAUAUCCUUCCACCCCGUAAAAUCAAAGACGUGAAGGCCAAAAAGCCUGCAGAUUGGGAGGAAAGAGAAUAUAUUGAUGAUCCAGAUCAAGUCAAGCCUGAGGGGUAUGAUUCAAUCCCAAGAGAAAUUCCUGACCCCAAAGCUAAACAGCCUGAUACCUGGGACGAAGAUGAGGAUGGGAUGUGGAGACCACCUAAGAUACCAAAUCCGGCAUACAAAGGACCAUGGAAACCAAAGAAAAUAAAAAAUCCAAACUACAAGGGGAAAUGGAAGAUUCCUUGGAUUGAUAACCCAGAAUUUGAAGAUGAUCCUGAUCUAUAUGUGCUCAAGCCAAUCAAAUAUGUGGGGAUAGAGGUUUGGCAGGUAAAAGCUGGAUCUGUUUAUGACAACAUUCUCAUCUGUGACGAUCCAGAGUAUGCAAAAGAUGUGAUCCAAGAAGUUUUCGCUAAUAGAGAGAUCGAAAAAGAAGCAUUGGAGGAAGCAGAGAAAGCAAAAAAAGCGAGGGAGGAAGAGGAAGCACAAAGGGCAAGAGAGGAAGGUGAAAGGAGGAAGAGAGAACGAGGUUAUGAUAGAAGGCAUCGAGAUAAGGAGCGUUACAAGGAUAGAUACAGAAAGCGCAAUCGCCAUGAUUACCUUGACGAUUAUCAUGAUGAGCUAUGAGAUGUGCCGAUUCACGCCUUAUUGCACAGUGCAGUUACCACGGGCAAUUUGUUUCCUUUUCAUAUUUAAAUUGUAGCGCUAUGAUGGUCGUACCAUCAUAAUUGUACUAUUGUCGGGUAGGAAUCCCAUGUGAUCUUGUACGGUGCAGCUAAGUUGCAUUUUUGUGGCGAACACUUGCUGUUGCAAAUUUAUCGUGAAUUCUGAGCUCUGGGCUGGGUUGGUUUUGGUUUCUUCUUUUACUGAAAGGGUUCAUGACCAUAGCUGGUUAGAAAGGGUCCGAAAUGACUAUAUUUUGAAUUUUUUUAGUCGCCACUUGGCAGCUUCUCAUUGGAUGACGAACUAGCCGUUAAAUGGGGUCAAGAAGCUAGAUAAGAGAGAGGAUGACUUGUUUCAAGGGAGUGUUUUAAUAUGAAACAAACCUCACUUUGUACUUGUAU